AUGAACACUUUUGAUCGCUCUAAAUUUACCGAUAUUGCUCCAAAUGACGAUGUUAAACAGCUUGAUUUGGAAAAAGUCGACGCAUAUGAUGCUGCACAGUUUGAAGGCAGAUUAAUUGAGAAUAUGGCAGAAAAGCAAUUUAGAGACGAUCGUAGUAAGAAAUUAAAGAAUGGGAAUCUUGAGGUUUUAGUACAAGAAACUAAUUCUUCAAUAAAGAAAGGAGACCUAACACCUUUUGAAUUGAUCAAGCAGCAAGAAUUGUCUGGUUCUAAAUCAAAAUGCAAUGCGAUAAAAAGGGGUGGAUUAACUUUCGGACAUAUCAAAUCUUCCAAUCAAAGCCAACCGAACUUGCCGCAGCAAAGAUAUAGGGCCGAUAAUACUCGUGAAGAACGGAUUUUUGAUGAGCAGGAUGUUGAAGAUGAAAGCUAUGACGAAAGUUCUGAUGUGUCAGACAAUUCAGAAAUAAGCGAAGAACUCGACGAAUCUACCCAAAAGCUUAGCAAACAUAAUAAGAACAAUAUAAAAAAGAGGAAUAAACUUACAAUAAGAAUGCGAAAGGAUGAUGGAGAUAACAAUUAUUUUAAUGAAAGGAUUAAGUAA